AUGCGGGCUGCAGCGGCAGCAGCCGGGGGUGGUGGGGUCGGUGGGAGCGUUCGGUGGGCACCGACGGAUCAUGAGCGCGCUGUCUUGGAGACUUUUCGCCCCUCAAAGGCCACCUCUCUCUCCCCCCCAGGCAGUAAGCCUUGCAUCCUAUUCCCAGCGCGUCGUCACGCCAAUGACAAGCCGAGGAGUCGAGCUAGCGCUCGCCGGAGUGGAGAGGCAGCUGGAUCUGCCACAGCCUGUGAGUCAAAGUCUAAAGUCGACGUUGCGAGAUUCUUCGACGGGGAAGGGGAAGCUGCAGAUCAGCAAGCCACAGACAAAGUUGCAUUUUCGCAUGUAUCUUCAGCGAUUGAGGGGGCAAGCAAAGUCUAUGGAUACCGCGUCGAAGCCGUAUAUGACCAAACGUAUCAUCUGCUAAACGGACUGGCUACGUUGAAGCGAGAAGGCGCAGAGACAGGGGGGGGAGACAACGAUGAGCAGAAUGCUAGACGAAGGCAGCGGCAGCAGCAGCAGCGUCUCGCUCUGUUUUUCAAGGGCAGCUCCGGCACGCUGGCAGAUUCCAAGGAUAUAAGCUGCGAGCAGCCAGACAUGGGCGUCCUUAUCGACCCCUUCUUCGUGAAGAUGGCAAGUCUCUUUGAUCAAGCUGGCGCUAAGGGCUUGUUGCUGUCCAACCUGCAAGUUGAUGAGAGUCUCUCUCUCAGAUUUGAUGGAGAGGCACCAGCCUUUCCUGUCGCGGCUGCUGCUGCGACACCAGCAGCCGCUACAGCUGCAGCUGCUGCGAAUGCAUGCAUCGUCGAUAGGGGAACUCUCGCAGACUUGAUUUUUGGGAGGGCCGCUACGACUCGAUGCCUCGACACCUCCAUCUGCGGAGAUGCCAUUCGGCAUUUUACAGAGCAAGUAGAGCAGUGCGUUGAAGUGGCUGUAGUGUGCGUUUGCACGCUUCUUGGAAAUUCGGAGGCUGCGCUGUCUCUUUGCGGCUCUGAUCUGGGAGAUGCGGAGUAUGAAGAAAUGGAGUGUGACGGGGCCGUUGAUGAUGAUUUGCUGCUGGAAUUCGACGCAGAUGUCGCAGCAGCAGAGGCAGCCAAUGCGUGGGAGCAGCAGCACGAGCAGCAGCAGCAGCAGGAGAAGCAGCAGCAGGCACUAGGAGGCAGCGAUCCGUUGCUUCCGGAGGAGUCGUCUGUGGGGUUGUCAGCGCAGGAUAAAGAGCAGCACCUUUUUGAGGAUGAAGGUGAUUUUACUGUGGAUGCGUUCUCACUGCGGCAAGAGGAAGAAGUUGGUGCGUUGAAUGCACGAUCGGAUCGCUUGGAGUCUCUCUUAGCGUUCCCUGCGAGUAACUCGGCAGCGGCGGCAGCCGCAAAGACGCAGCAACUCUUCGCCAGUCUCGACCCUUUCCUAAUUGACAUGACAGACUUAGGCAAGCCUCUGGACGUGUAUCCGCUGCUUAAGACGGAGCGCUGUGUUUCUGUCCUACCGAAGCCGAUUGAUAGCGUCUUUGUUGCGGGAGACAUGACCAGCAGCCCCUUUGCUCCUUCCCCUCAGCAAAUGAUUUCGCUGUCAUUGCUCGCCACGAAGCAGCUGCGUUUCUCGGAGCACUCUGCAGGAGCAGUUGCCUUACUGAAUGGGAAAAAUAGAGACAGCGGUGAGUGCGAGGAUAUCUCGGAAGGGAGGGGAAAGGGGGGAGACCUUCUUCCAGCCGACAUCGCGAGACUUCGCUUCGCAAAAUCCAUCGGUGUGAAAGCCACCUGUACGGCUCCUUCAAAAGCCUUGUGUAGUGAGACGCAACAUCCACUGGAUAAAAAGACUGCCGUGCGUGAUCAGGAGGGGCAGUCCAGGAUUUCGAAGGCGAAGGAGGCUUCGAAGCAUGCGGCGAGACUGACGAUUUCGACAUCAACGGCACAGUUGGAGCAACGCAGAGCGCAGGUUCCUUCAUCCGAUUUGCGUUUGUCUUUACCAUCCCGAUACGUUGAUGUAGCAGUUGUGAAGCAGACUCUGAGAGAAGCUCUUCACAUUAAACAGAAAAAGGAGGAGUUUGCGCUGCAGAAGGAACAGACGGGAGGGCUUGAUGAUGGCGAGCAGCAGCUGCCUUUUGCUAGACAGCCCUCUAAUUCCUCGUGUGUGACUGCCUGCCUGCCUGCCUGCCUGCCUGCCUGUUUGCUUCAGACUGUCACGCUGUUACCAGCCGUCGAGAGGCAGAACUGCACUCCUCAGAUGCUCUUCGUGUGCCUGCUGUAUACAGCCAAUGACGAAACCUUAUUGCUGACUCCUUCUGCGAAUAGGGAGACUUUUGAGGUAUGCCGCAAAGCGCCUCUCGCGGAGCAGCUGGCUGAUGACCAGCUAGCUGUUGCCGCUCUGCAGUCUGUGGCUAGCUACCCCGUUCUAGAUCUGCAGCAGUUUAUGCAGAAAGGCGGACAGGGGCAGCAGCUGCUGCCUCCAGAAAUUCUCCCCACAGAGGCUGUCAGCGCAGCCUCCCCACCAGAAGCAGCUAAAAAGCUCCUCAGGAAACGACAGCAGCUCGCAGCAGCUGCAGUGUCGCGACAGCACCACAAACGUCCCUCGAAGAAACGGCGCACUCGAAACAGGAGCAGCAGUAGCAGCAGCAACGACACAGGCAGCGAUGAAGAGGAGGUUGUUACUUGA